GAUCGUAAAAAAGUUUUCGAAAUAAAUUAAUAGCAUUUAUUUAAAUCGAAUUUCUUGUUAUUCAAGUUUCAAGUUUUUACCUUAUGGCAUAAUUAACCGUAAAGUACUUUGUACACAGUACCUAGUAUUUUCUUUAUAAAAAUGUACAUGGAUUCCUGAAAAAACAAAACAAUAACAUACAAAAACACUGUGAUUAUAUUGUCCUGACCAAGUCCUGACCUUACGGAGAUUCCAAAUGAAUCAUUUGAUUCGGACCGUGCAAAUAAGUGGCGCGUUUCAAUAUAUUUUCCCUUAAUUGAGAACGCUCAUAUAAUAUCGAAGAAAUGUGUUCUAGAUCUUUUUGGAACUUCUUUAGCCAAUGGAGGCUGUGGAUUCGACCGUUCUUCAUAUCAAGUUAUGUGUUGCUCGUCAUUGUCUUAGUGCCGCUGCUGAUAGCCCACUCAAUAAGGAAUGGUUUUACGAAGUCCGAUCAAGGUAGCUUAGUGGCUGGAGGAUUUGUCCUGUUGGCUUUGCCAAUAUCAAUAUGGCAAAUAACUCAACAUGUUGUCCACUAUACCAAGCCUUCAUUGCAGAAGCAUAUUAUUAGGAUCUUGUGGAUGGUGCCAAUUUAUGCACUCAAUGCUUGGUUGGGCUUACAGUUCCCGGAGCAGUCUAUAUACAUGGAUUCCUUGAGAGAAUGCUACGAAGCAUAUGUGAUUUAUAAUUUCAUGAAAUAUCUUUUAAACUAUUUGAAUGAAGGUCAAGAUCUGGAAGCUGUUUUGGAGACAAAACCCCAGGUCUACCACAUAUUUCCUUUGUGUUGUUUGACCCCUUGGGAAAUGGGAAGUGAAUUUGUACACAAUUGCAAGCAUGGUAUCCUACAGUAUACGCUGGUGAGACCAAUCACAACAGUCAUAUCUAUGAUUUGUGAUUUAUCUGGUGUUUAUGGAGAGAGUGACUUUAGUCCCAAUGUAGCAUUUCCUUACAUGAUAGCGAUCAACAAUUUAUCGCAGUUUGUGGCCAUGUAUUGUCUAGUUCUGUUCUACAGAGCAAAUAAAACUGAACUUAAACCCAUGAAGCCCAUUGGAAAAUUUUUGUGUAUAAAAGCUGUAGUUUUCUUCUCAUUUUUCCAGGGAGUGAUCAUCAAUGUUUUGGUAUAUUGUGGUGUUAUAUCAACUAUCUUUGAUAUAACUGAUACAAAUAAGAUAAAGAUAAUAUCUUCCAAACUGCAGGACUUCCUCAUAUGUAUAGAGAUGUUUAUAGCAGCUAUAGCUCAUCACUACAGCUUCUCAUACAAGCCUUUUGUGUCACCUCUCAAUCCUUCGCCAUCUUGCAUGGGCUCCUUCCUGGCUAUGUGGGAUGUGUCUGACGUCAAACGCGACAUAUCUGAACAUCUCGGAGUUGUUGGAAGUUCAUUUAGCAGGCGACUAAGAGGAAAGUCCAUGUAUCAUAUGGCCAGGGGUUAUGAUGAGAGUUCGAGGCUGGUGAACGAGACAGCCCCUUCGAGUUCAGCCCCGAAUUUGACUGUGGAUGCGGACCCAGUGGAGGUGCGGCCGACUGUGUACGGCUCCAUCGACAACACAGCCACAGGUUCAAUGAGCCCCGAGAACGAACCUCUCAUAACCAACGAUAAACACGAUCCAACAGUAUAAGAUUCUGUGACUGCUUUCUGUUAGGGCCAGAAGCAAGCUGUAACCGAGCUAUAUGGAGUGGCUAUUGGCUAAACUUCAAAUAACAAAGGUUUACCAUGUUAGGAAUUAGGGCGAGACCGCAUUAGGCUACACUAUGCUGCAGCAGGUCGACACGACCUUCUUUCUAUAAAUCUGACGUUUUGUGUAGCGUAUCUCCGCUGUCGCAAAGUGCGAGUUGCGACUUAUUUCGUACAUUAAACAAUUCGUAUAUCAAUGUUGGACUGUGAAUACGCCAUUUUGAUAUGGAUUCGUAUAACAUAGCCACUGGCUAGCUUAAAAUGCGCGAUAAUCGCUCGUGACACAAGGCCCUAAAGUAAUGUUUAAUUCCAAAUAGAAAAAGAUUAUUUUCAUUAUUCCACGUUUUCAUAAGUAAUAAGUCGCCUACAGGAUCACACUGUAUAAUAAAAAGUGCAAACAAUUUGUGAUAUUAGUAAUUACAUGCACUUACAUAAUAAUUUAU